AUGGCCGAUCAAUGCAAGUCGUCUGUCCCCUCUCCCUCCGAGAAGCCUUCUGCCUCUGUCGAAGCCACGGCCGUUGCCUCUCCCGACAUCGACGCAGUUGCUGAAGAGAUCUCCGCCUGUCUCGAAAACAUGCUCGGCGCCGUCAACACCCAUCGGGAGAACGUUGAAAGGAUAUCGGAUCUGAUGACGAAGAACCGGCUAAUGAUUGCUCCUCGGGUUCCUGGCGAGAAGCCGGAGUUCCAAUGGAUGGUUUCCUUGACUUCUAGGCAUUCACAUAAAUUAGGUGACUAUUAA